UUCAGAUCCCCUCCUUGAACGACUAAAGGGCAUUGGAGGCUCCCGAGCGGCCACGCCGGACUGAUUGCGGAUGCAGAUCACCAUCUCCCGGCAUUACCUCCUUCGCUGCCAUGGCCGAAUGGUAUCCUGCACAAGGAUUUGCGGCGCCACCGCCACUGAGGAUGCCACCCUUGCGCAGGGAUACGUGGCGCCACCACAACAUCAGGCGCCACAAGCGCAGGCGCUACAACAACAAGCGCAGGCGCUACAACAACAAGCGCAGGCGCUACAUCCACAAGCGCAGGCGCUACAACAGCAAGCGCAGGCGCUACAACCACAAGCGCAGGCGCUAAAACAUCAACCGCAGGCGCUACAAACUCCACCACACCCACACCCGCAGGAGGAGGUGUUGGAGAAGGCGGUGUUGGUGGAGCCGGAGGAGGAGCCGGAGGCCCAGGCUGCCUUCCCCCCGUUGGCCCCCCUAAUUCUGUCGCCGCGGCCAUCAGCAGGGCGUAGGCGUCCUGUCGCUCCUCGGGAGCGGCCAGGGCGCCCAUAUCCAGCACUGGGAACGCCCCGUCUUUCGUUGCCUCCCAAUGCCAUCGAAGUCUCUCAGUGGCCACAGCUCCCCACAAAGGAGCUGCAGAGUCACUUCGAUGGCAAUGGAAGACGACGCCUUACCAGUGCUGGAUGUGCUGGCAGAGAUGCGGUCAUCCGUUUAAAGCCAGGCGCCACACCUGCUUGGCCUCGUCCCUGA